AGAUGGUCGUGCAACACCCAAAUAAAAAGCAGCUCGAGGAAUCUCCAUGAAGACUCUGAUCUACUUUGUACGGACAAUAUCAAUAACCGGUUCCACCUUCGAUCCGCAUUCGCUACAUGGGUGGUCUACUACUUCACCAGGAACAAGAUUUAUAGAAGAAGUGCAUCUCAUUGUCAUUGAAACUACAGUCCAUCGUGCAGCCAGAAAAGAAUGCGUUCCUGUUCCGUGCACCAAAAUGAAUAGGCGAAAGAAAUGCGAUUAUUUGUCCCACCAAGUGAAAAAUAAAAUCCGCAUGCUCUUGCGCAGGCGCAUUCCGCCGUAGGGUCGAUUCCACAUUUUUCCGUUGAUCUUACGCAAAACCAAAGCUUGUCGGGCCUGGCGAUCGCGUAACCAUGACUGACAGUUGUAAGUAGAUCACGAUCUUUCCCUUUUUUAGUGAUUGGUGGUGUUUUUGUCCACGAGAACGACCCGCUUCCAGUCGAUCCUGACUGAUCGACACGCAUCAUGAUGUUGAUAACCAUGCAGCUUCCAAACACCAAAUAAGAACAGCAGGUUGCCAACGUAGUAGAACAUUUGAGAUUGACUCCAUUGUCAGCUCCGGUCGCUUCUCUCAUAUAAUCAUUCUUCUAUUUGCUUACUUAAUCAACUUUAUCCAAAUCGAGUCGAGGCACGCCGUACUAUUUCAUCUUGUCAAGUUUAUCAGGAGGUGGAGCUUAAAAUUGUAACUAAGUACAAAUUGAAGAAUUUGAAUUUCAAAAAAUAUUAUUAGCAUAGUACUACGACACUAUCGUUUAUAAAAGAAUUUCAUCUUUCUAAAGCCACGAUUGGUCGAAGGUUUAGUGGCAAAGGACCGCUCUCGGAACACGAACAUCAAAAUGGCUCGUCUGGGUUGCAGCACGAUGAGUCCGUCGUCUACCCCAUUUUCGUCGAAGCAGGACCUCCGUAGUUCUCGCAGCUGCUCGCCUAUUGCACCUAACAUUUCGACCUUGCGGCGCAUCCUCACUGUCACUUUCUUUUCCUCGUCGCUGCUGUUUCUUGGAGGUCAUGCUGCAAAUGUUGAAAUGCAGCAAUGGCAAAUGACGGAUACUGCGCCUCCUGGGGGGGCUCAACAUCAAGUAGAGAAAGAGGAUGAAGAUGAAGCAGCAGAACCUCUACUCCCGAGAGGCCGCACCGCGGCUGGCUAUGAAGUACUAGAUCUACAUGAUCGAGCCUCUUCGUCGAGUCACGUACCCUUCACGGGGCAGCCCCGCGAUUCAUCUUUUUCGCAUGGAAAUGAUAGCGGAAUGAUCGCCGCCAUGGACGAGGAAGCACAACCCUUACUUCAGAGACGCCCGGAUGGGCCGCGUGGACAACAUCGUCGAGCCUCGUCCUCCUCGAGUCGCGUACUCACAACCGGGCACCGGGGCAGCAGUCACACUGAAACUGGCGUGGAACUGGCCACUACGCGAAAUCCAGAGCUGUUUGACCGGCUCGCACGCGAAUCCAUUCUGCCAGUGAUGAAGGAGAAGAUGUGA